AGCUGGCUUAUUGACUCAGUAGUCUUGCACUAAUUGAGUGCCGGUUUAGAUACCGGAGCCUCUAACCAGUUGUUAAACUCUGAGUAGGCACGUCGGUAACAUGCCAGCAAGAGUGUUUGGGGGAGGAGAAAGCUGCUGGGUGCAUGCCUCUCGGAUUUGGCUCCCCGCGCCGGGAGAUGUGAGGUUGGGUGUGCGUGCUGUCACAGGCAGAUAUUCAAGGGCAGCUAAGAGCGAGCUCGAGUGCUCUGCUUCCACGGGGGAGAGAAAGGCUGCUGCUGAAAGUACAAGCUGGCAGGAUCAUGACAGAGUCAAGCAGCAGAAAGGAAGGAUUUAAAAAAUGCCGGAGUGCUACUUUCAGCAUCGAUGGCUAUAGCUUUACAAUUGUUGCAAACGAGACAGGUGACAAAAAUGCACGACCACUUUCACGAUUUGCCCGGUCUAAAUCACAAAACUGCUUGUGGAACAGCAUUAUCGGUGGGCUGACCGGCAACCUCAAGGAAAGGUCAAAGCCGACCAUCAUGAGUGACCCUAGACCUCCUGAAGAAAUCUUAGCGGAUGAACUACCACCAGUGGACAGUCCUGAGGCGUUGGUGAAAACAUCUUUCAGGCUGCGGUCUUUGGUAAAGCAGUUAGAGAGAGGGGAAGCUUCAGUUGUAGACCUAAAGAAGAAUUUGGAAUAUGCUGCGACUGUUCUUGAGUCAGUAUACAUUGAUGAAACUAGGCGUUUACUGGACACAGAAGAUGAGCUCAGUGACAUCCAGUCUGACUCAGUGCCCUCAGAGGUCCGGGACUGGUUGGCUUCUACCUUCACGCGGCAAAUGGGGAUGAUGCUCAAAAGGACGGAGGAAAAACCCCGAUUCAGGAGUAUUGUCCAUGCAGUACAAGCUGGGAUAUUUGUGGAAAGAAUGUACAGACGGACUUCAAAUAUGGUCGGUUUGAGCUACCCACCAGCUGUAAUUGGAGUGCUAAAGAAUGUAGACAAGUGGUCCUUUGAUGUAUUUGCACUAAAUGAUGCCAGUGGGGAUCAUGCACUGAAAUUCAUUUUCUAUGAACUUCUCACACGCUAUGAUCUGAUCAACCGUUUCAAGAUCCCCAUUUCUGCCCUGGUGUCCUUUGUGGAAGCGCUGGAGGUUGGCUACAGCAAACACAAAAAUCCUUAUCACAACCUAAUGCAUGCUGCAGAUGUGACACAGACGGUCCAUUACCUCCUUUUCAAGACAGGCGUAGUGCACUGGCUGACAGAGCUGGAGAUCUUCGCUAUGAUCUUCGCAGCUGCCAUCCAUGACUAUGAACACACUGGAACCACCAACAACUUUCAUAUCCAGACACGGUCAGACUCAGCCAUUCUAUAUAAUGACCGGUCUGUGCUUGAAAAUCACCAUGUUAGUGCGGCUUAUCGUCUUUUGCAAGAUGAUGAAGAGAUGAAUAUUUUAUCUAAUCUCUCAAAGGACGACUGGAGGGAAUUCAGAGCUCUAGUGAUUGAGAUGGUGUUGGCCACCGAUAUGUCCUGUCACUUCCAGCAAAUCAAAGCCAUGAAGAAUGCUUUGCAGCAGCCAGAAGGAAUUGACAAGCCGAAAGCCUUAUCACUGUUGUUGCAUACAGCAGAUAUCAGUCAUCCAGCCAAGGCCUGGGAUCUCCAUCAUCGCUGGACCAUGUCUCUGCUAGAGGAGUUCUUCAGACAGGGUGACAAAGAAGCAGAACUAGGGCUUCCCUUCUCUCCCCUCUGUGAUCGCAAGUCUACUAUGGUUGCUCAGUCUCAAAUAGGUUUCAUUGAUUUCAUUGUGGAACCCACUUUUACUGUGCUGACCGACAUGACCGAGAAGAUUGUGACUCCACUCAUUGAUGAAGCUUCCCGCUCUGGCAUGUCUGGGUUCAGGCGUUCCAGUCUGAAUAGCAUUAAUCCCUCCGACGUUAAAAGAUCAAGUGUCAAGAGCACUGGGUCCGAAGGAAGUGCCUCACUCAACUGCUCCAUACUCACUGUGGACUUCAAAUGUUUUAAAGCCACCUGGACGGAGGUGGUGCAGCAGAACCGGGAGAAAUGGAAAGCGCAAGCCACCAAAGAAGAAAAAGCUAAGAAAGAAGCAGAAGAAAAUGCUCAUCAGGGAACAGAUGAAAAGAAAACAGAUGAAACGGAUGAGAACAAACCAGCUGAAGAUGCCACAGCAGCAAAGACAGAGAACAGCAAAGAACCAAAUCCUGGGGAAAACAAAAGCACAGAUUCCAGUAAGAAUCAUGUAAAUGGGACUUGGCAAACUGGGGUGAACAAACACGAAGCCUCUCAAGGGAAAAGUGCACCUAGGACAGAUAAGGAAACAGACUCUCAUGCAGUAGGAGAAGAGAAACAGCAUGUCCAGAAUGGUGAAUUAAAGGAAGACAAUAAGUUGGACAAAAAAGAUCAGUCUAGUGUGGGGGAUGAAUCAAAGAAAACAGAUGAUACGGAAGAGUAAAAAUAUAUUAAAAAAGAGACUGCAAAUUUCUUUCAUCAUUUUAGCUGAGCUUCUUCAUUCCUGUUCUCCUCCUCCUUCCGCAAAGACCUAUUUCUGAGGAAGGCGUUAAACAACUUUCAAAACACUCCUCCUCCCACUGGCUACUUCACAGCUAAUGACUCUGGGUUCUAGGGUGGGGGCCUUGGUUUUUUGGGUCAGUCUCAUUUUUGUUUGUUUGAUCGUGUAUGUGUGCAUUUUUGUUGUUGGGGAAGUUUUUUGUUUGAAAAAAACACAAACACCAAGUGGUGAUUUCCUGAUGCGGAUGGUUCAAUUUUUCUGGACAGGUUGAGCAAAUAGAUGAUGAUCAUCUUCAAAAGCUGUUAUUGCCCUUUGGUAUGCCUCAGCUUGUGAAACCAACAUUAGGAUGAUGCAAAAGAAUAUAACAAAAAAAAAGAAGAUGACUUUAUAAUACUUAUUUUCUUUUCACCGAGAGUCUUUUCCAGUUGCUGGUAGAUGGAAUUUGACAUCAGUUUUACCCUCACUGUAGAAGAUUUUAUUAAUAAGAAUGGUGAAUUUGUAGAGUCGUUUGACCAUUUGUUAGGAUUUGCUGUCUUUCCCAGAUGAUGCAAUGAUAGCAAAAUGUUUUUGUUUCUAAACAGCAGGCAGACUCACUCAACCCUUGAUUUUGUUCUGUUUUUGCAGUUAGUAAUGGGAAAGGAAUAAUCAAUGAAAGCGCUAUUCCCUCAGGGCAAAUUUUGUUGUCAGACUCUGAGAACAUGCACUAAUGUACUGCUUGACAUGCCUGCCUUAACUUAAGAUUACAGAUAAUGAGCUGUUUCCCAUAUUUGUUCAUGGGCUACUAGUAACCACUCUUUGUCUGACCUGAAGAUCUAAGAGAAGGGCAGCAGGGAAUCACAUGGAUCAAUUCUUACUUUCAUCUCAGUGUGGUCUUUCUUUCAGCACUGACUGAAUGGACAGGCCAAAGAAAAGGAAAAGUGUUGCUGGAGAAGUACAGACAGACAAAACCAAAAUGAAAAAGUGUGUCCUGAAUACACUGCUGGAGUCAGUGGAUAAAACUGUCUCACCCAGUGGAGUUAGGCAGAUGGAAAGUAGCCAUCAUUUUGGCCCAUUUUAAAGAAGAAUUUAACUUACUCAGGCCUUAGUUCAGAAAGGUAUCUGUAUAAGAAACGUAAAACGUAUGUAAGUGCUUUUCUGGCUCAGCAUCUUGGUAGGGAUCCAGUUAACUGUAAGUAAUUUUACCUGUCUAUGUGGAAAUCAAGACACGUACAUACACAUUCAAGUGUUUUUUUGCCUAACUCCUUUUUGUUCAGGACGAUGAGGUCUUGCUGUGUUAGUCAUAUAUGUGUUUUACAAGGAAUCAGACUGCUGUCAUGGCUCUUUGCCGUCUAGAGAACAUGCAAAACGUUGGCUUAGGAAGGUAAUUCUUUGGUGUUUCCUUUUGAUGUUUAAAAGCACAGGACUUUACCACCAGCCUAUAUUAGAGCUUGGGUGUCUGUUCCUGCUUAAUCUGUGCAUGUACAGGGAAAAGCUUCCUGCCACACUAGCAAAAAUUCCAGCAGUGAGCUCAGCCUAAAUCCACAUUUAAACAUUAAUACCUUCUCACUCAGGAGUGUUUGUAUCUGGGAUUUUGAUUAUUGAGGCUAGAGACAUUUUGAGUUCUUUUUUUGGACACCAGAGUUUGAGUUUGUUCAAAGCCAGAGGUUUAGAUUAGGUUCAUGCUGUGAAAAGGUUGCACUUCAUCACAUGUUUUCAGAAGGAAGAAGUAUAAAAAUAACGCUUGCAGUUCUUAGACUUGCAGUUGGUUUCACUGAACCAGGUGAUUUAAAUAAAAUAAAUAUAAGGGCACGUAGUGUUCCCAUUUGUGAGCUCCUGGUUCAAUGGUAGCUCUGGGGUAGAUUUUCUGAGGAAAGCAGAGCUGGGAGGACAGUGGCCCCGUAGUCAGCACUGAGCACACUCCAUGUUCUGUGACAGACAGAGGGCUGUGUUACCACGUAGCACUUUACCACCUUCCCUUUCCCCGCCUCCAUCAGCAUUCAGCCCUGAUAGGAGUGGUAGAAUAUGACCUCCAGCCCUGACCAGGCUCUUCGAAGGCACACUGAUGAAAUAUCAAUAAUGCAGAACUAAAUAUCGCAGCGGUGACUCAGUCCCUGCUCAGUCAGACUUCUCGCUGAAGUCAGGGGGACAUACCCUCACCAAGUGUUUGGUCAGAGGUGCAGGAUGAUUUAGUCAAUAUUUUUAAAGUUACCCUUACCUAAUGUACAGUGACUAAAGAUGCCUUAGAUUAUGCAGAGGAGAACAGCAACAACAAUAACAAUAAUAGUAGUCAUUAAAAAACCCAAAACUUUUUCUUCAUCUGCUCCUUACAUAUAUUUUCUUUCUUUCUGGGAGUGACUUAUUUCACUGGUGUGAAAUCAGACCGGAAAAUGUUUUUCCUCGAUUGUUAGGGUUAUUCACCACCAGCAGAAGCUAAUAAGGGAGGUGGUGGAUUUACCAUCUCUUGGGGACUGCAGAUCAGACCUGCCAUUCUAGAAGAGUUACCAUAGUCAAAGUCACCGCUGUCAGCACACAGGUAUGCAGCAAAAUGUUUUGCAAUAUACAGGCAGUCAGAGCUAGCUCUAACAUUCUCCUGCUCUUUUAAAAUCAUUUGGAUAAGCUACAGUGGGUUAUUAGCAUUUUUUAGAAUUCUUUGUUGUCAUGUAAAAAAAAUCCCCAUUAAUUCUGUUAGUUUGGAAGUACAUAAAGUGAAAGUGAAAUCUAAAAAUCGAAAUCCUAUGAAGAGACUAGGCCAGAUGAAAGCAUCUAUUGUGGGGUCGCCUCCCAGGAUUGCACCUACAUUCCCCUACUCCGUCCCCCCACCUCCCUGGAACACUCUGCAGCAUUGUGCUAGUGCAUUGUGAGCCAAGGAAUGGUAUGUUUAGAUACCUCCCAGUUAAACUAGAGAUCAGCCACUGUGCAAGUGUGUAACAAAAUAAUAAAAAUUAAAAAAAAAAAUUAAAGAACUGCUUUCUCUUAUUUUAUUCCAUGAAAGGAAACAAACAAAACAAAACAAAACAAAAAAAAAAGGAUUAGGUGUUCAUCAGCUAAUGACCUAUGAUUUAUUAGGGAUUUCUGUUUUUACAUCCUUACAUUAUGUUUUCAGAUGCCUGCCUUUUCCAUCCUCAGUAAGACUAUACAAGCAAUGAAUAAGCCAGAAAUUCUGCAAAUAUAGGGCCCAUACCAUUGGCCUUAUGCUGAAAUUCUACAGAAUUAUUUGGGAGCACCCACCAGUAGGCACAAAGGGGUCCUCUGGUGCCAGAGUGCUUCUUAUGGAGGGCAGCACAGGCUGAGAAGCUGUGUGAUAAAGAUGGCAGUCUUCCACCUCUGCGCAGGGACUGCUGCUGCUCUCAGAAAGCCCUCCCUUGCUGGCAGAGCACCAGGCCUCUUCUGCUUCCCAGAAACUGGUCUGUAACUUGAGAGGGAGAAUCCAGGCACUUUACCCCCUUAAAAUAGGGAGGGAUACCAUUGCAAGUAUCCCUAUCAGUGUUUUUUUCCUUUAGCUGGGACUGGUGUUCAGGGAAUUAGCAGACCUUUGACUCAUGGUGAUGUAGUGCUUGAACUCCUGGAGAUAGUAUAAUUAAAAAAAAAAAAAAAAAAAGCAGCAAGCAAUAUGUUUUUAUCCUGUUCAUUACUUAAAUGGCUCAAGGGGUGACAGUUCAAUCUGGGCUGCACUCAGUGAUUUGAACUGUACAUUUCUGUGACAACAUGCAGGAAGCGUUUGCACAUGUGAAAGAAAGGAUUUGUUUAUUUUUUGAAUUAAUUUUUUUAAAAUGUAAAAACUUGUGAUGCACCCUCUUAAAAUGCUUAAGUCAACCAGCUUUCCUUACAACUACACAAUAUUUUUUUUUAAGUUAUAUGGCAAGAUUUUUAUGUUUAAUUAUACAAAGAUGAUGGAUGUCACUAAUGCUUUCCAUGUUUGAGAAAAAAAAAUAGAUGCCAGAAGCCAACUUUUUUUUUGCUAACGAUAAAAUAGGUGGUUGAUUAAAAAAAGAAAUUUUGCAAUUUUAGACUGAAAACACAUUUCAGAGCAGUCAGUCUAGCAGACUGACGCUUAUCUAAAAGUGCAGCCUUUUGUAUAGCUCCAGCUGGUGUAAACACAUGAUGUAUUAAUACAGUAGGACGUUUAGCAUCAGAAAAAAUCCAAAAUUUAGGAACCUGGUUCCUGAUGGGUGACUGGAGGCAAAUUACUUUUUUUUGAUAUUUCUUUUUUCAAGCCUAAAUUUUGUGGUUGGAGAGAAAUUUCCCAAAAUGUAGUUGGUUAUGCCAGAGGAGAAUGGUAUAUGGUGGAGUUUUUGCAAACUACCCUUUGGAUAUGCAAAUGUCUACAUAUGUACUUACAAAGUCUUAGAGGCUCAGUCUGGAAGCUAAAAUAUUUCAGACUAGAUAGCUGAAAGUGCUGUGCUGCUUUGUAAUCAGGUCCAUGAGCAAACCUAGCUAAAUGUAAAUACUUCAGCUGUUAGUCCUUGUAAAUUCUACAGUGGAUCCCAAAUGCGGCUUUUAAUUAAAAAGCACAAUAACCUAUUCAACUUAGACAGUAAAGGACAGUCCUAUUUUGCUUCAACUAGAAUAACCUAGUCUAUCUCCAGGAACUUGUGAGAUGGUCUUAAAUAUUUCUUACUGGCUUCUUUUUCCUCACAUUUCAUUUUAUAAUAAUGAAACUCAUCAUCCUCUGAUGAUCUAUACCACAUGUUAGCCAUUUAUACUCAGCAUAAAUGACAGCAUAAUCAAGUCCUUUUCUCUCACUCCUUUUUGAACCAUCACCUCUCCCAAUAAUUAAAAACAACUGAGCGAUCCUGUGCUUUUGCAUGUGUUGAACCGGUGCUGAUCUUCAGUGCUGUGCUGGCGUGGUGUCUGAACAUCAGCACUCAAAAGCAGGAGCACGCUGGCUGAGGACGAGGAGGAGCCCUGCGGCACUGGCUCCAUGCGAAUCACUGUGAGGGGUGGGCAUCAGUGCUGGCCAGGUAGAAAGGAGGGAAAAAAUCACGCUUUCACAUUUUAAGGCAUAAAUUCAGCUCCCCCAAAAGUGGGUACAGAGGUUUUUCCCACUUGUGUUACCUACAACAUGAGCAGGUCUGCUCCAGUCUCGGUUUAGUGUCCAGUGCGCAUCCUAAUGUGGUGCUCUCCCUGCUGCCACAGGCAGACAAGUUCUGCAAUCCCAGACAGCCCUUUCUCUGUCUGAUUACUGUGAGCAAAGCAGGAGCAGGGCGAGUGACCACUCCAAUGCCAUUAUUUUCUGUUUAGAUGAAAUGCUGGCCAUAUAUUUUCACUUGCUGAGACAGCCUUCUCAUUGCUGCAAUGUCCCUUUCGAUCCCCAGCAAGCACAGUGGGUUCUGAUCUGUACCCAAGCAGGACUGGGGCACAUGUCUUUGAGGCAUCAGCUCUCCCUGCUCUGGUGACUUGACCACCAGGUAGAAAAAAAAAGUGGAGCUACUUCCAGGCAAGCUGGCUGAGGACCUGAAGCUCACUUUCAGUGAAUUUAUGUGCCCUCAUAUCUAAGCGCAUGAUAGCACUCAUUCACAAGCCUCACAGCACACUCGGCGUUUUGUAUUCUUCUGAUUUCUUCCAAGUGCGUAUGUAUCGGCUGCUGUGUACUCAUAACACCUUAGUUUUAGAAGCUAUCCAGUGGUAGGAGGAAUAUACGUAAUCCCGUUGUCUCUGCCGGUGGUCAUAGGAGUGUAUCUAUCAAAGUUACUUAUGGCCAUUGGGGUUUUCUAGUGAUAAAACGUAGCAGUAGAGUGACAGAGUGAGCAUUUUCCUUUUCUUCUUGCUUGGAUGAUAUUUUUAUACACUUUUAUAUGCAAUUUUUUUAAAUAUUUGCUAUUUUUAUGGUAGGGUUCUGGUUGGGUUUUUACCAGACCUUCUGGUUGUCUACAGGCCCAGAUUCUCACAGGAAUAUUUCCCUUCCCUUUUCUCCUCCCCCUUCUUCCCCGAUAGACAAAAGCCAUUGCAUUUGCAACAUCAGCUUAGAGCGAAAUAACACCUAGGGCCUGAUCACUCUUUUAGUUGCACUGAAAUCAAAGGAAGUUGCAUGCAAAGUCCUGCUGGUCCCAUCACUGUGCCUGGGGCCAAAGACUAAAUAACCAACACAUAUACAGCUAAUUAUGCGCAGGGCGGUCUGUGUAAAGCCGAUGCAUCAGAGUGGCGCUGUCUUCCUUUGCUGUGGUAGGAGCUGUUUCCACCACGUGUUUAAAUAAGACUACAUAUCUCUCUUCAUUCUGAUGAUGCUACUUCUUGUAGACACUUCAAUCAAAAUCAUACCCUAGCGCGCUGACUGCCUUCAGCAGGGAGGAAGGGUGGGCGUUGUGGCUUAUCUGUGACAGUAGAUUUCACUGCUCUUUGUGGUUAACCCUACAGUGACAGGUCCUAAAUAAGCAAACAUUAAACCUGUUGGUAGGAAGGAUAAGGGGAAGUUAACCCAAUUCAAGGAUCUUGGUCUUGUAAAAUAACCUUUUCUCAGCUGGCAUUCUGCAGGGAAUUCUAUGUAUGAACUUAAACAUAAACUUCAGAGUAUGUUUAUAUAGGCAGAACUGAUAAUGGAGAUGUCUUUCUUGAAGUGAACUAAAAUAAACAGCAGACACCUGCUCGCUAACAUUUUUCAAGGAAGAAAGAGUCAGGUUGUUAUGCUGUUUUGCACCAGGGGAUAGAAAACAAGUUAAAAUACAUGCUGAAAGCAAAACUCAGUGUAAGUUUGCUCCUGGGAAACUGGGUGGAUAGGGUAAUGAAAAAAAUCUAUUUGGUUUGUUAUGACUCAUAAGGAAAAAAAACCACAAAACUGAAGUGAAUGAUGCCAUAUAAUGCUAAGUAUUCUCAACUGUUCUGAGAAUAAUGUUAAACAAUAUGUAUUUAUUGUUAGUUCCUUAUUUGAAGAAGAGGCUUGUGGUCUCUAAAUGUAUAAAACAUUUUUCAACAUUCCAGCUUUUCUGUAACGGAGUCCAUGUAUGUUCAUCCUAUUACCAAAUAAAAACAAUGAGGUCUCUGCUCCA